UUUUUUAAUUUCCUGAAAACACAAAAGGUUAAAGCUGACAACAAUAUUAGGUUAUUCUUUUGGGUUCUACUUCGACUGCCUUAUCGUCUGGACUAUACUUGGUUUUCUUGCUGUGGGUGUGUGUGUCUGUGUUUUUUCCCUUUCUUGCAAGGAGGGGGAGUCGCUCUUAAGAUUUCCUCUGCUCCUGGACGCUUCAUAUGUUCAGUUGGCUUGCAACAAAUUGAGGCAUUGCAACUCAUCUGUGUGAAUCUCCAACAGCAGAUCUCAGAUGCGCUAAGAUUGCGAAAGGGAAGGCUGUAUAUGGAAGUUGUGGGGUGCAAGGCAAAAGAAAGCAGUUGCACAUUGCGUCCAGCAGCCAUGCUUUUCCACGGCAUCUCCGGGGAUCACAUUCAAGGAAUCAUGGAGGAGAUGGAGAGGAGAUCCAAAACGGAUUCUCGUCUCGCCAAAGGGGUGCAAAUGAACGGAAGAGAAACGUCAUUCCGUGAAUACACUAUGCUGUUUGGCCAUACCUCUGAAAUCAACUUGGAUUUCAAAACAAUGCCCUCCAUGAAUCCGGAGAAGCCUGCCCUGUGCGCCGGCUGUGGGGGAAAGAUCUCGGACAGAUACUACCUGCUGGCUGUGGACAAGCAGUGGCACCUCAGGUGUCUCAAGUGCUGUGAAUGUAAACUGGCCCUGGAGUCAGAACUCACAUGCUUCGCCAAGGAUGGUAGCAUUUACUGCAAAGAGGAUUACUACAGAAGGUUCUCCGUGCAGAGAUGUGCCCGCUGCCACCUCGGGAUCUCGGCCUCGGAAAUGGUGAUGCGAGCAAGGGACUCCGUGUACCAUCUCAGUUGCUUCACGUGCACUACCUGCAACAAGACACUGACGACGGGCGACCAUUUCGGCAUGAAAGACAACUUGGUUUACUGCAGGGCUCAUUUCGAGACCCUUGUGCAGGGAGACUACCACCCCCAGUUGAACUACGCCGAGUUAGCAGCCAAAGGCGCAGGCCUAGCUUUGCCUUACUUUAACGGCACCGGCGGGACUGUUCAGAAGGGAAGGCCCAGGAAGCGGAAAAGUCCGGCCAUGGGGAUAGACAUAGCCAGUUACAACUCAGGUUGUAACGAAAACGAAGCGGAUCACCUGGAUCGAGAUCAGCAGUCCUACCCACCCUCCCAGAAGACCAAACGCAUGCGCACCUCCUUCAAGCACCACCAGCUCCGCACCAUGAAAUCCUACUUCGCCAUUAACCACAAUCCGGACGCCAAGGAUUUAAAACAACUGGCCCAGAAGACAGGCCUGACCAAAAGAGUUCUACAGGUUUGGUUCCAAAACGCACGAGCCAAAUUCAGAAGGAACAUUUUGCGGCAGGAGAACGGGGGUGUUGAUAAGGCCGACGGUUCGUCACUGCCUCCGCCCUCCGCCGAUGGCUCAGCGCUCACUCCCCCCAGCACGGCCACCACACUAACAGACCUGACCAAUCCCUCAAUCACUGUAGUCACCUCAGUCACCUCUAGUCUGGACAGCCAGGACUCGGGGAGCCCCUCACAAACUACCUUGACAAAUCUUUUCUAACACGGGAUUACAUUUUUGGUUACAUAACUUUAUUUUUUCUCUAUGUUUGUUUUUUGUUUCUGUUUUUUUUGUCUUCCUCCUCCAAUUUUACAUUUAUAAUCCUGAUUAUUAAAAGAAUAAUAAUAAUUAUUAUUAUGAUUAAAUCAGACACACCCUCAAGUCACCAGGGAAUAUCCCUGGACAAAGCAAAGAGCUCAGAAAUGAAAUUAAUGAAAAAAUCAUAUUGAUGUGAAGCAUUGGCAUCUGCUUGGCAGCUGAGUUCGCAGUCAAUGUAUUUUUAGAUAUUUGUUUUUGUGUGGAGAUCUUUGGUAGUUGUUAAGGGGCUGACUAUCAUCGACUUGGAAGAUUGGUUAAGACAUAAUUAUUGGGACUGUUCAGUUUGUGUCAUUUAUUUGAUUUCUAAAUUGACUUUAUGGUGGCUUACGUGUAAUUUAACUUUAAAUCCCAUUUCUUGCCCAAAAAUAAAUAUGUAUGUACAAUAUGCGCUAUGUCUGCAGUGUUCUAUUAAAGCAUAUUUUAAUAUUUCCUUUGUGGAAAUGUUUGAAAUAUUAUUUUGUAGAAUGUGCGGAUAAAAUCAACUGCGAUACCAUAUUCAUGACAGAUAAAUGUUUUGUUAAUUAAUUAGAUUGUUAUCAGACACAAGGCUAGAACAAAAAUUUGUUUUGCCAAGCAAAUAGAUCCUAUUGGUAAAUCCUAUGACUGGGUGUAAAACAGUACGGUACCUGUCAAACGGCAGGUAAAUUCUAUAUUUCUUGAUUUUGUUUGAGUGUUAAAACUCAUCAAUUACGAAUAGACAUUUGUGUCGGAAACCAUGUAUUUGUGAUUCAAAUUCUCAAAAGAAUAGAAAGCUGGAGGAUGGGCACUGUUUCUUAAUUGAUUGUCUUACAUAUACCAGAGAGCACUUUUCUAACUAGCAUCAAUCAGUUGGCUUCACAGUAGUUCAGCCCGACAGUAGUCCUGACACAUUUGCACAACGACAUGUAGUGCCCAGUGAAAAGUGCAUUAUUUUCAUGAUGCUCAGGGUGACGACGAGACUCUGAAGGAGGGAAGGUGUUGCAUCAUUUCAUGGGGUGUAAGGGUGGUGUUGUGGGGAUGUAGAGCUGACUACAAAAUUUUCUCAUGACCUCAGACAGCAGGAAUAUUGUGAAGGAGCCAAUCUAGAGAAAAAAAAUGUCAACCAUAUUUUUUUUCUCUUUUAUUUUCUUUUUUUUAAUAUGAAGAUUUUUUGGACUCAAUUUAUUUUCUUUAUGGACACUUGCCACUGAACAGACCAAAAAUAAUCCUGUUUUUUUUCUGGGUGCUGAAGGGAGAGAGGGACAGAGAAAGAUAAAAAAAAAUACUUUGCUGGGGUUUUAACAUUUCAUUGUAAGUGUCGAAAUCUGUUCUAAUGUAGAACAAAAAGCGGUACUUUAGAUCUACUCAAUGAAGUAGAUGCUUAACUCAGUUCUACUAUGUGCCUUACGCUAUAACUUGGAGGAGAGUUUGUGAAAUUCAGGAUAUAUAUGUCGUUUGUUAUCUGAUUCUUCACACCCUUCUGACGCCUCACUAGUUUUGUACUGUUUUUUGCAUCUUAUCUCUGAAGAUCUUUUUAAUGGUGUAUCCUGUUAAAAAAGGGGGCGCGAUGUCACAGAAAGCAGUUGUGCACUCUUUCACAUAUAGUUGGUAAAUCCAAGAAUCUUAUAUAUUGAUCUUCGUGUUAAUAGUACAGUUAAGUGUUUUAUCAAGAUUGUCCAUGUUUCCUUGUUUCUUGAAAAAAGAUGGUGUAUAGAAACUAUUUCCCCUCACAUAUUUAUGGACCAAA